UCAACACUUACCUUUGGUGGAGACGCCCCCAUAUCAAAGUCUUGUGGGGUUCAUUUGAGAGGUCAGAUGGAAUUUACAAGGAAGUAAAAAUGUUACGAAGCUAUGAAAUGGCCUUGAAGACUUGGGCUGACUGGUUGGAAAUCCAUGUCAAUCGCUCCAAAACCCAAUUGUUCUUCAUGAGCAUGUCACCAGUUCAUGAAAGGGCUGAAGAAUGGGGCAAAGCGAAAGGUGAAAAUUGUUACAGUGAAACAGAGCAAAUACAAGAAGAAGGAUACCAAGGAAAUGGAUCAGAUCCAAAGAUGAUGAAAAAAGUGGAAUCGACUAUGCAUGAACUUAAACAUAGAAGAUUGAAUGUUCACUUACUCAACAUAACACAGUUAUCAGAGUACAGAAAAGAAGGUCACCCUUCUAUCUAUAGGAAACAAUGGGACUCUCUAACUGAAGAACAGAUUGCAAAUCCAAAUAGUUAUGCAGAUUGUAUACAUUGGUGUCUUCCUGGAGUUCCUGAUGUUUGGAAUGAGCUUCUUUAUGCUUAUAUUUUUAAUAAUUACUGAGAGUUAAAGAAACUGGGGACUUUUUAAAAUUUGUUCUUUUACAUUUUUACCAAAAGAAUCAACAAUGAUUUCUUUAUUUA